AAGAAAACAAGAUCGGCCGCGUGCAAGGUCCACAGCGGGGGGCGGCCGGCAAACCGAAACGAACCAUCCCUCCCGUCCCCGUCUCCGGCCCGGCGGCCCGCCCCGCGCCCUCCACCUCACCUCUACAAGAAGCCGUCCGGCGCCGUCGGACUGCAUCUCUCUCCUCUUCUCUCUCGUGUUUGGGGAUCUCCCGCGGCAUCGGCGGUUGGACGGAUAGAUAAGGGGGGAGACGCGCAUGGACAUGGAGACGGCCGCGGCGGCCGGUGGCGCCGGGCUGACUGCGUGGCAGGCGGCGGCGCUGUCGGGCGUGGCGGGCUGGGUGUGGGCUGCCUCCUACUUCGACCUCACGCGCCGGACGCGCGCGCUGGUGCAGCCCUGGGUCACCCGCCGCGUCCACGCCGAGACGCCCUCCAUCCUCAGGUUCCAGAGGAUGCAGCACAAGUUGCUAGACAAUUUCUUCUCCGUGCUGUCAUGCGUUGUCUCUGUCCCUUUCUACACAGGAUUCCUGCCCCUCCUUUUCUGGAGUGGACAUGGCAAGUUGGCUAGGCAGAUGACCCUCCUCAUGGCUUUCUCUGAUUACCUUGGCAACGUUGUGAAGGAUGUAGUGUCAGCUCCUCGCCCAUGCUCUCCUCCCGUGAGAAGAGUGACAGCCACCCAAGACGAGAAGGAACACGCCAUGGAAUAUGGACUGCCUUCGUCGCACGCUCUCAUGACCGUUUGUUUGAUGGGAUAUAUGCUGCAUUAUGUCCUCACGUAUGGAGCGUGUGACGGUUUUAUGAUUGUCAUUGGUCUCUCGUUAGCUCUAUUGCAAGUCAUUUUAAUCGGCAUUGCGAGGGUGUACUUGGGCAUGCACAGCUUGACAGAUGUUAUCGCUGGGAUCUGUCUUGGCAUUGUGAUCCUUGCAUUCUGGUUGGUUGUCGAUGACCAUGUUGAUGCCUUUGUUGUCUCUGGGCAGAACGUUACAUUCUUCUGGGCAAGCCUUUCGUUAUUGCUCUGCUUUGCAUAUCCGGUGCCAGAAUUCCCAACUCCUAGCUUUGAAUUCCACACCGCAUUCACCGGGGUUGCAUUCGGCAUUGUCUAUGGCGUCCAACAAACCUACCUCCGUUUCCACGGCCCCGAUGCCCCCCUCAUCUUGAGCGAGCAACUUCCCCUACUCGCAUACGUCGGGAGGGUUCUUGUCGGGAUCACAACCAUCCUCAUCGUGAAAUCCUGCAGCAAGGCGCUCUCGAAAUGGCUCCUGCCAGUCAUGUGCAGCACCCUGGGCAUUCCAAUCGUCUCGUCCUGCUAUGUCCCGACGCUGAAGGCACCCAGCAGCAGCUCGGGCAAGUCUGACCCCAAGCAGGCCGGUUACCUCCAGAAGGUCUUCUUGCUCUUCCCGCGGAAGGCGUACGACGUGGACACGGGCAUAAGGUUUGUGCAGUACGCCGGCCUUGCGUGGUCGGUGGUCGACUUGGUGCCAGUGAUAUUCACCUACUUGAAUUUGUAGCCAGAUUAACAUUCGAGGUUAGCAUUUGAUUUAUUUCCUCGGAGGCGUCCAACCGGUGAUUCCUCUUACUUGUAAGGCGUCCUGUGAGGCUGUAAAUCCAUUGACCUCACCCUCAAUUUUGUGUUGUAUGUGUGGCUAGCACGUCCUCCAUCCAGGGUGGUGUUUCUGUACAGAGUUCUCAAAGUAGCAAUGAAGAAAGUAUUGACAGCUAA